GACUCUGUGUUACGGCUUUGCACACGUGGUAUCAAGGGAUAUCACGAAAGUUUCACAAGAACCUGGAUGUAACAUUAGCCCCAGUUCUCAGGCAAACAUUAGUUCUCAGUUCUCGGACUGAGGCAAAGAGAAGAGGAAGACCCUAAAGUCACCAAGUCAGGCCGCACAGAAUGGAAUCCAGACCCUGGGGCGGCUGAGAUUCCCACCAUCUAGCUUCCCCUUUGCCCAGGAAGUGACUAAAUGUCCAGGCCCCGCCCCUCCGCCCCAAGCCCUGGAAGGAUCCACGCGAAGUUGAUGGAAGAGACUCCCGUGAAGAUGGAACAACUAAAGAACGGACCAGCUGGAUCCGAGGGGAACAGCCUGCCCCUCCUGACACCUGGAGCUGAGGGCUGGUCCCCUGUGUCCAUCCCAGCCCUGCCACCCUCGCUCGUGGGCACCCCACACCCAGCCCACCUGGGACUCCCCGAGCACCUGGCCUCUGUUACUGUUCCCAUCCGCUUGGAUGCCCUCUCCUACCUCCUGCACAGUGCCCUGAUGGGGGCCUACAGCCUCCAGCAGUCCUUCCCCUCCUGCUCCUGCUCCCCACAGGCGUGCCACACCCAGCCAGGAGUAGCCAAGAGGCCGUUCAGGGGUCGCGGAGGGUGGGGUGUUCCGCGCAGGCCCACCCGGGGCCAUGGCCAGUCAAGAAGAGGCCCUGGGAGAGCUGAGCAACCAGACAGGGACAGGGCAGGGGUCCCUUGGGCUGGCCCCAAGACCCCACCGGUGACACCUCCAUCACCACCCACCCUGCUGGCCCAGGAUGGGAAGAGGGAGCCACUCCUGGACCCCACACCUGCUGCUGAGGACUGGGAGACAGAAUAUUAGGACCCAGGGGAGGGUCCAGCACUUCGUCACCCACAGUUUAUUUUUUCCUGGAGCCCAGAGUGACCUUAGCCCUUAGCCUCCUGUUAACCCCACCCCCACCCCCAAAC